CGUCAGAAAUGCCAAUAUGGAGGUGGACUACAAGCAGAACUACACAAAUCUCAAUCGCAAAUUGAAAUUCAUGGUUUAUGAGCAGGAGUGUUUUCAGGAAGAGCUCAGAAGAUCCCAGAAGAAGCUGCUCAGAGUGUCCAGAGAUAAAAGGUGGUUGGGUGAAUCUACAAGUUUGUUUUGUUUGGACAGAUGGGGUGUAUUUAUUUGUCACACUGUAGCAAAACCUUUUACCACGAUGUGAUACUAAUAAAUACACCCCUGUUGAGUGUGUACACAUACUGUACAAGCAUGUUCAAAGUUAAAUAUGGUCUUUCCUGGGCUUCUAUUCCCUUCUCUUGCAGUUUUCUGUUGGACCGAUUGUUACAAUACGAGCGGGUGGACGAGGACUCCUCAGAUUCUGAUGCCACAGCCUCUUCUGAGAACAGUGAAGGAGAGGGCACCAGGGAGAGGGAGAGAGACGGAGGAAAGAAGAGAAGAAGUAGCCCAGGUGUAGGCCUUCCUUCAUCCUCCCAUCUCUCUCUCCACUCUCGUUCUGGAGUGAACCCUCUCAAGUCGUCCGUCAGUACCCCCUACAUCAACACAGUGGUGGCCCCUUUAGCAGCCAACUUCCCAGCGGGCCCGACUGCCCCUCCCACAUCCAGUGCCUCGUUCAACUGGGUGCCCAGGCAGAUACUGAGUGGAGACGAGGGAGAGGGAGAGAGCGACGGAGACUCAGACAGAGGAGACGACAACAGGGGGGAAGGAGAAGAGGCUGACCUUGUCAUCGAUAUAAUGGAGACGUUAUGUUUUCUACCAAUGACUUUUAAAAAUGAAAUUGCAUUAAAGUGGAAACAUUUCAGAUGACUGUGGUAGUUGUUGUUGAAAGCCUAAUGGACUGGUAGUAUAGUGUAUAGUAUGUGCUGCACAGACAUGCAGUACUGCGCUUUUACUCAAAACAACUUUUACUCAACAGCCUUUUAUGCUGCGUUCAUAACCAAAUGGGAAGGUGGUUUUUACCUCUUACAACUGGAAAAAAUCCACAUGAACGCCCCUUCAACUUGUAAAAUCUAGUAGGAAACUCGUCUGUCAUCCCUGAGCUCUGACGUCACCUACUAAGGAAAUGACCUCGAUAACAGCAUUUUCGGCAGUUAAAUGUAAUUUUUUUGCAAGCAUUAUAACUGUACUUUUAGUUUAUGGUUGACACCGAUUGUUGGCCAUUAGCCGGUCAGCGUUUCUCAACGAGUGCAUCCAACUGUUAUUUACGACUUGACAACUGGUAAUUAGUAUCUUCCCACUUGGUUAUGAACGCAGCAUAUAGCCCAACCCAAAAACUAUCACACCCAAAAGCCAUGCAGCUGUUAGUAUGGAAUGCAUCCAAACAACCUAAAUCUACAGACAAAAGAAAUCAUGAGUGUCUUUGCUACAGACUAAUAACUGUGUCUGUGAAUAUAAUAAGGAACUGUGUGACACUGUCGGAAAAUGAAUUAUGCACUGAUAAAGAUUUUUCUUGGUGGAAAAUA